AAGGGUGAACAGGUUGCUGCAAGAGUCACAGCCGAGGAUGCCGAGAAGAUGAAUGGUUUGUGGUAAAAGUUAUUCACUUCGACAGAGAAACAAAAGAAGUUGAAGUACUUGAUGAAGAACCAGGAGAUGAUGAAGAAGGAGGUGGCCAGAGGACGUAUAAACUAUCAAUGUCAUGUAUUUUACCGUUUCCAAAACGGAAUGAUCCUUCAAGCACACAAGAGUUUCUACCAGGGAAACACGUGUUAGCUGUAUAUCCAGGAACCACAGCCCUCUACAAGGCAACUGUAAUAAGUACCCCACGAAAGAGGAAAUCUGACGAGUACUUGCUAGAAUUUGAUGAUGAUGAAGAAGACGGAGCAUUACCUCAAAGAACAGUGCCAUUCCACAAAGUUGUAGCUUUACCAGAAGGCCAUCGCCAGUGAUUUCAGAUAGAUGCAAUGAAAUAAGAGACGAUUUCUUUGGGCCAGAGUAUAAAUUAAGUGGUGUUGCCUUUGUUUGUGAUGAUGACUCUGAAGAAUAAAAAGGUAUGUUUUUA